AGGAAGGAUAACGGAGUUCUUUUGUCGCCCAUCAGUGGAGUUUUUUUCUUUGUGCGUCCACAUGGAGAGAUGCUGAUGGUGAUGCGCUUCUGGAGAUGUGCGGAUGCUGAGGCAGGGCUGUGUUUUAGUGCGACUUGAGUGAGACAACAUCAGCAGAAAAGAAGUUUGGAAGAAGAAAAAAAAAAGAAAAAAAAGAAAGAGAAGCGGUUGGGGCCCAGGCCAAAAAUUCACUCACAAAACCAUUGGACUUUUUCCUCUCAUCUGUACGGGUCCCUCGCCAGCUUUCAAAAUUUCGCCCAAAAGUAGACAAGAGGACCGGCCGGUCCUGACACGACUCGUCAGCAGGAAGCGGAUGAUCGUGGCUGGGGUGCUCGGCGUUGUCAUGAUCUUAGUGCUGGUGAUCCUAAUACCGGUUUUGGUGAGUUCCGCCGGGACCUCCGCCGCGCACUACGAGAUGCUCGGCACCUGCAGAAUGGUUUGCGACCCUUAUGGCACCAAAUCUCCUACCAGCACGGUCUCAGCAGACACGGUCCGGGACAGCAACCUUAUGCAGUCGUUACCAACUUUUAUACAAGGUCCGAAAGGUGAACCAGGGCGCCCGGGCAAAGCCGGACCGAGGGGCCCGCAUGGGGAACCGGGGCCACCUGGACCUCCCGGGGAGAGAGGAGAACCGGGCCGACCUGGAUUACCGGGACAACCGGGACCGAAUGUGGCCACCGGUGCCAUCAGCGCGGCUACUUACAGCACCGUUCCCAAAAUAGCCUUUUACGCAGGGCUCAAAAAGCAACACGAGGGCUACGAGCUGCUGAAGUUUGACGAUGUGGUCACGAAUCUCGGGAAUCAUUACGACCCUACGACUGGGAAAUUCACCUGCUCCAUACCGGGAAUUUACUUCUUUACUUACCAUGUGCUCAUGCGGGGAGGAGACGGAACCAGCAUGUGGGCUGAUCUGUGUAAAAACAACCAGGUCCGCGCUAGUGCCAUCGCCCAAGACGCGGAUCAAAACUAUGACUACGCCAGCAACAGUGCCGUUCUUCACCUGGAGCCAGGAGAUGAAGUCUACAUCAAACUAGAUGGGGGCAAAGCCCACGGGGGCAACAACAACAAGUACAGCACCUUCUCUGGUUUUAUCAUAUACGCCGAUUAGGACAUACGCACCAACUACUCACCUCUCCAGAAUGGUCUCUUCUUCUCCUUCACUAUUCCUCCGCUUUUAUUUUUCCUUCGGGCCUGGGGCAAGUAGACAGACCUGCUCAAACCCCCUCAUCAUUAGUGUAUAGGUGUGGGUGAGAAGGCAGAAAGCAAUGCCCUGUAAUCCAAAAAUCAAGAAUGAACCAAAUACGGCCCAGGAACCAGCACUUCAUCACAAAGAGGAAAGAUUUACACUCGAAAAUAUGUAAAGAAGAAUCGGCAAAGAAGAAUCUAAGGGAGUUACUGGAGUUCUGUGUCUAUUUAUGUCUGUGACUAUCAAAGAAGCCUGUGAGAUAUUUUAUAAUGUGUAAUCUGACAUAAUCAGUUAUAUGUGCAAUAAAGUAUACUACAAUACUUGUUAUUCAAAUACACUUACUGUUCGUAAUAAUCAGGCCAUCUCAGUAAUGCCAGGCAAAUCAGAUGCUUAAAUGAGUUUCAUGUUGCUUUAAUUUCCUAAUAUGCGUAUCAUGGAGCAUUUGCACGAAUUAUGUCAAAAUCAAAUGUAACCGGAUCGAAAUGUACCUCUUGUGUUCCUAUUGCACAAUAUACAGUGGGGUCCAAAUGUCUGAGACCACAUU